AUGAACCAGCCAGAUGAUAUAGAUUACCCAGAAGGUUCCCUUAAAGGAUAUCUUGCAGUGUUUGGAUCUUUCAUGGGUCUUAUGGUUGUGUUCGGGUUAUUAAAUAUACUUGGUGUUCUUGAAUCUUACGUCAAUGAACAUCAACUUCAUGAUCAACCGUCAUCAACAGUGGGUUGGAUAUUUAGUAUUUUCACAUUUGGAACUUAUUUGAGUUGUAUUUUUUCAGGAACCUAUUUUGAUAGAUCUGGUUCUAGAGUUCCUUUGGUUGUGGGUACUGUAUUGUUAUGUUGUGGAUUGGUUUCAACAGCUUCUUGUAAAAACGUUUGGAGUUUUAUUUUAGGGUUUAGUGUUUUGACGUCCAUUGGUAAUGGGUGCUUAAUGUCACCGUUAGUUUCAGUAAUUGCACAUUAUUUCAAAAGGAAGAGGGCCUUUUAUUCAAGUGUUGCAACAGUGGGUGGAAGUGUUGGUGGUGUCUAUUUACCUAUUGUCUUGAGAAAGCUUUUCGUUUUAGUUGGGUUUGUUUGGGCUAUUAGAAUUUUGGCAUUGAUUAACUUUACGUGUUUAUUGUUCCCAAUUUUGUUGUCAAAAGAGAGAUUAAACCAGAGGGAAAAAUAUAAAAAUGAUACAUGGAGAGAGACUGCUAACGCUUACUUGAGAAGUUUUGAUGUAAAAGCUUUUAAGGAUUGGAAAUUUGUAUUUUGUUCCUUGGGAGCAUUUUUUGCAGAGAUAUCUGCUGUGUCUGUGAUCACAUUUUAUACAUCAUAUGCUUUAAAGAGAGGUAUCUCCAUGAGUUCUUCAUACUUGCUAGUUACACUAUUAAAUGCUGGAAGUGUCCCUGGUAGAUUAGUCACUGGAUAUUUAGCUGAUAGAUUUGGCAGGUAUAAUGUGAUGAUAAUUACAACUUUUUUGAUGGCUGUCUUGAGCUUGUCAAUGUGGUUACCAUUUGGGUAUAGUGUCAAAGUUCUUUACGCAUUCUCAGUCAUUUAUGGGCUUGUGCAAGGUUCAAUUUUUUCACUUUUACCUGUUUGCUGUGGUCAGAUAUCUAGAACUGAAGAAUUUGGGAAAAGGUAUAGCACGAUGUAUGUUAUUGUUGCCAUUGGAUGUUUGGCAGGUGUCCCAGCUGCAGGUGCAAUUGUUGGUGAUAGAUCAAUUGCAGAAUAUAACCACUUCAUUAUUUAUGCUUCAGUUACAGCAUUGGCUUCGUCAGUAUGCUAUACCAUCUCAAAAGCUUUCGCUGUCGGGAGAUACGAUUAUUUAGCAAAGUUUUAA